AUGGCGCUCCAACACGGCAACCCCGCCGACCUCCUCCCUGUCCACUGGAAAUCACAGAUCACCUCGUGGUUCGCAGAAGAUACGCCCUCGUUUGAUUAUGGCGGUUUUGUUGUCGGCGAUAGUGAGCGAACAGCUACUUUGUAUGGAAAAUCAAAAGGCGUCUUGGCAGGCGUGCCAUUCUUCGAUGAAAUCUUCGCCCAAGCUGGGUGUACUGUGAAAUGGCACCUGAAAGAAGGAUCGAUCGUCGAUCCUGGGGCCGAAGGAAAGGCUGCAGUUGCCACUGUUACAGGGCCAGUGCGGAAGCUUUUGCUUGGAGAGCGAGUGGCACUGAAUACGCUAAGCAGAUGCUCCGGAGUGGCGACGAAAUCGAGGACGAUGGACGAGCUGGUUAGGAAGGCGGGAUAUAAGGGCAUACUUGCAGGUACGCGGAAGACCACACCGGGAUUUAGGUUGGUGGAGAAAUACGGGAUGAUUGUUGGCGGUGUAGAUGGCCAUCGCCAUGAUCUAUCUAGUAUGAUUAUGCUGAAGGACAACCACAUAUGGGCCAGAGGCAGCAUUACAGAAGCUGUAAAUGCUGCGAAGUCUGUAGGUGGCUUUGCACUAAAGAUUGAGGUUGAGGUUGAUAGUGAGGAGGCAGCUGAUGAGGCGAUUGCUGCUGGAGCUGAUAUUAUUAUGCUGGACAAUUUCAAUGGAGAGGGUUUGAAGGUUGCUGCAAGAAGUUUAAAGCAACGGUGGGCUGGGAAGCGAGUGUUUCUGCUUGAGUGUAGCGGUGGAUUGACAUUGGAAAAUGUCGCCAGUUAUAUCAAUAAUGAUAUCGAUAUCAUUUCCACCAGUUCAAUACAUCAAGGGGUACCGCAUGUCGACUUCUCGCUCAAAAUAGACCAUUAG